AUGAACGGGCAGCAAGUGGAUGUGAAGGUCAUGAUGCUUGGCAAGGAGUAUGUGGGUAAGACCAGCCUCAUGGAGAGAUACAUGCAUGAUCACUUUUUGGUGGGGUCCUAUCAGAAUACCACUGGGGCAGCAUUUGUGGCCAAGGUGAUGUCUGUGGGAAACAGGACAGUGACACUAGGCAUCUGGGACACAGCUAGCUCUGAGCGCUAUGAGGCCAUGACUCAAAUCUAUUAUCUUGGUGCCAAGGCAGCCAUUGUCUGCUAUGAUCUUACAGAUAGCAGUAGUUUUGAACAAACCAAAUUCUGGGUGAAGGAGCUUCAGAGUUUAAAUGAGAACUGUCAGAUCUACCUGUGUGGCACCAAGAAUGACCUUCUGGAGGAAGAUCAAAGAUUGCGCCGGGUUGACUUCCAUGAUGUCCAAGAUUUUGCGGAUGACAUAAAAGCUCAACUCUUUGAGACAUCUAGAAAGACAGGCCAGAGUGUUGAUGAGCUGUUCCAGAAGGUGGCGGAAGAUUAUGCCAUGUGGAUGCCUUCCAACUGA